AUGUUGGGUGCACUCUGGAGGAGCGCAAGAGCGGGUAGGCGCUCCAUCCCCCCGGCGCUGUGGUCGCAGUGCGGCUUAUCGGGCGCACCGAUCGGCUGCCCUCUGUCGACGGGUGGUCCGUCCACGAGCGUGCCGCCCCCCGACACGUCGCGGGCGGGCACCGCGGACCUCUGCGACGUGUUUAUGCCCGAGCCCGUGGACCAGGUGUGUGAGAGGAAGGUCGCCAUCGUGCAGCCGAUAUUCAGGGAUUUUGGAGGAAACAAGCGGUGUGCAGGCAGAAUUUCAACGGUGAAGUGUUUUGAGAACAACCCCCUUGUUCGAAAGGCGCUGGAGGAGGAUGGGCAAGGGCGCGUGCUGGUAGUGGACGGCGGAGGAUCCCUGCGUUGUGCGUUGCUUGGGGACAACCUUGCAGAGAUGGGCCACAAGAAUGGAUGGAGUGGCAUCAUCGUCAAUGGCUGCAUCCGAGAUUCUGAAGACAUAAGCAAAAUGCCCCUCCUUGUGAAGGCGCUCAGCCCUUACCCCCUCAAGAGCUCCAAACGGGACCCAGGGCUGCGCGAUGUUCCGGUGACCUUUGGCGGCGUCACAUUCUGCCCCGGGCAGUUCCUCUAUGCCGAUGGUGAUGGCAUUCUCGUCUCUGAGGAGGAGCUGAAAGUGGCGCCAUGA